UGCUGCGUGAAUUUCUUAACCUUGAAAAAAAAACAGUUGUUCGUGGCUCUUGUUGUCAACAUUUCAAUCGAGCAAUCUUUUCAGUUUUUGCCUUUGGAAAAGCAUUGAAGAAAUCGAGUACUUUCGUCAAAGAAGAUCCAAGUAGCUCGAGUUGAAUAUCCGUGACAUAUACAAAAUGAAUGUCAGAAAAAUUACAACCGGAGAGAAAAUACUGUCCUUGAUAGAAUACGCUUCUUGCAACUAAAGAUUAUCUUUGCGUUUGUCAUGUGCAAAAUUCAUUGGGAUAAGGAAGCUCGUGUCUUUCGAAUGUCAUAAGGAAUAAAUGCACAUGAAACAUGCCUGGUGGCAGACGAAACGCUGCCGGUCGAGCUGGCCCGAAUGGCAGAUCCAGCAAUAAUUACGCUGGAUCUGCAAAUAUCAAUGGAAGGAGUAACAGCGGAGAAAGAGCGGUCGGAAGUGGCGUUGAUGACAGAAGGAUCGAUGAGAUUUACGGCGGAAAAUCUCUGGCACCAAAGCACGUUCCCAUACCCGUAGUACCGGUCGACGGACAAUUGACCUUUGAAGCUUUAUCCUUGGCCAUCUCAAUCAUUGCAGCUUGUCUGCAACUGCUGAAUCUGUACAGAACUGUAUGGUGGUUACCACAUUCGUACAAUAAUUAUAGUAUGAAUUUUUAUUUGAUAGAUCCUUAUCUGCUGAUAUUUAUUUUUACGAUGAUGGCACGUAGAUUUGUUUAUACAUUGUUACGGCAAUUCAUUGAUACGUUAUUGCCAGUUCGAUGGUUACCUGCAAUCCAAAAGAUUAUGAGAAUAUCUCUAUUAAUUACUGUGAUGAGCAUACUGUGUUGGUGUCUGUAUCACAUGGCUGAGAGGCAUAACUCUAUGAAGAUCUUUUACUUGUGUUAUCCAAGUUUGUCAGUAUAUUUUGUCAUGUUUGGAAUAAGCGCAGCGCCAUUUUUCGAUAUUUCUUCAACAUUCUCAUGUGGAAAGGAAGAACGUAAAACGAAAUAUCUAUUAGAUAAACCUUUACACAAUUGCUCGCUAAAUGCGUCGGCCAUCCGGGCGGAAGUAUUCACCUUGAGAUCUGAUUUCAACCGACGAUUAAAGCGAGCUUUGUUCUCAUCCUCCGGUAGUGCAUACGUUUGCGGAAUCGCGCCCAUCAUCUUCGUACCUCCGCACUUACAUUUCAAUAUACCAUGGGUGGUGCAGCACGUAAUUUUAUUCUGGCUCGGACGGAUAAGCGCAUGCUUUGCUCAGUCUUAUCCUGUCAGAUAUUGCGAUGUACUGCACAGGGCAGCGCUGCACUUAGGCCGAUGGGUUAAAAUAGAAAACCGAAAUAAUCACAUAUACGCCCAACCGUGGAAUGAUACGGUAUUGUGGCCGCACGGAUCGAUCGUAAGGCAUAAUCGUGAAAUUUAUCGUUCCGAAGGUUUAUGUACAGCAGCGGAACCGGGUAAUCUAAAUCACUAUAGAUUCCAUGCCUUAUUCAAUAAUCCAACAAUGUUGCUAUGUUCACUAUUGGGACUGCAGUUGUUAUUGGUGGGCGUUCAACUACUUAUUUUAUUACGGAUAACCGAGUGGUAUCAAAUACUUUCGAUGACUCUGUUAUUGAUUAUAAAUUAUUAUACUUUGUUCAAAGUAGCGAGAGAUUAUUUAAUAUGUUGGAAAGUGUAUCGCGCUGAACAAAUAAUUCAAGAAAAAUCUCAAAUGGUUGUAAAUCCAGUUGCUCAAUAAGAUACAAAAAAAUUUCUCUGUAAUAUUUAUUUU